GACACGGGCCGGGACACACGGGACACGGGCCGGGACACACACGGGACACGGGCCGGGGCGGCCGGCAGCCCCGCGGCCCCCAGCGCCCCCCGUGCCUCUCUCGGCGGGGUCACCGGUCCCGCGGUCACGGCCUCGGCGCCCCGGGGCGCGGCCGGGCUGAGGCGGCCUGUUCCGCCAGGGCGCGGCGGCUCGUCCUUGAGCUUUGGCCUCCCGGACGCGCUUUGGCGUCCCUGGCUCCGUCCGUCGCGGUGUGUCCCGCUCCGCCCGGUUCGCGGGCCCCGCGGUGCGGCCCCUCGGGAGCUGCCGGGCUCUCGGGAGCGCCGUGUAGGGAGGGAAGGAAGCCUGGAGCUCCGUGUCCGGCACGGUGGGACCGGAGGCGCUGGAGGGGGAGAAGGGCCGGGGGUCGGUCAUGGGGAGGUGCCGGGCCCGGGGGUUGCGGGCGCCUCCGUAGGCGCGGGAAGCGGAGCGGGAGCUCCGGAGCCGUUCCCGUGGUGCUGGGGCUGGACCGGGCUCGGGGCCGGUUUCUAGCUGGCAGGAGAUUCCUCGGGCCACACCGCAGGGGAGGGACGGGUUUGGCGGGGCUCCCCGAAAGAGGAACCGGCCGCGGGCGCCUCGCCGCGUUGGCCGCAGAGCCAGGAAGUGGCACCUGUGCCAGCGGCCGCGGCCACGAGAGCUUCUCACCGCUGCUCCGUUCUGCCGUUCGCAGCCCGCCUGUCUGAUGCCGCCGUGGGAGCGGCGGGCGCCGCGAUGGAGCGCGGGCAUGGAGGCCGCGCUCUGCAUCCACACGUGCCUGUGGCUCAGCGCCGCCUGGGCGCCCCCGGCCGCGGCGGAGCGCGGCGCUGAGCCCCCACACAGAGCGCUCAGCUGGGCCGUCAGCCUGGACGCGCCUGAGGAGCAGCUGGAGCAGCGGGCGGAGGAGCUGGCCCGCAGCGCGGGGCUGCUGAACAUGGGCCGCGUCGGGGAGCUCAGGGGCCAUUACCUCUUCACCUCCCGGCCCGACGGCCGCACGCCCGAAGCGAUUCGGAGGUCGGUGGACACUUUGUUUGCACAGCACGACAGCGUGCGGUGGCACUCGGAACAGAAGCUGCUGAAACGUUCCAAACGCAGCCUGCGCUUCAACGACCCCAAGUACCCCCAGCAGUGGCACCUGAACAACCACAAGAGUCCCGGGAAGGACAUCAACGUCACGGGCGUCUGGGAGCGGAACGUGACGGGGCGCGGUGUGACGGUGGUGGUGGUGGAUGACGGCGUGGAGCACACCAUCAAGGACAUACAGCCAAACUACAGCCCAGAAGGCAGCUACGACUUGAACUCCAAUGACCCCGAUCCCAUGCCUCACCCUGAUGAGGAGAACGGCAACCACCACGGGACUCGCUGCGCCGGAGAGAUCGCCGCCGUGCCCAACAACAGCUUCUGCACGGUGGGAGUUGCCUACGGGAGCCGCAUCGCAGGCAUCCGUGUGCUGGAUGGGCCCCUCACCGACAGCAUGGAGGCCAUCGCCUUCAACAAGCACUAUCAGAUCAACGACAUCUACAGCUGCAGCUGGGGUCCCGAUGACGAUGGGAAAACCGUGGAUGGUCCCCACCAACUGGGAAAGGCCGCCCUGCAGCACGGUGUCAUAGCGGGGCGCAGGGGCUUUGGCAGCAUUUUUGUGGUGGCCAGCGGCAACGGCGGGCAGCACAACGACAACUGCAACUACGAUGGUUACGCCAACUCCAUCUACACAGUCACCAUAGGCGCAGUGGACGAGACGGGCUCCAUGCCAUUCUACGCCGAGGAGUGCGCCUCCAUGUUGGCCGUGACCUUCAGCGGUGGGGACAAGAUGAUGAGGAGCAUUGUGACAACAGACUGGGACCUGCAGAAGGGCACGGGCUGCACGGAAGGCCACACCGGGACGUCGGCCGCCGCGCCCCUUGCCGCGGGGAUGAUCGCGCUGAUGCUGCAGGUGCGGCCAUGUCUCACCUGGAGAGAUGUCCAGCACAUCAUCGUCUUCACCGCCACCAAGUAUGAGGAUCGUCACGCCAAGUGGGACACCAACCAGGCUGGCUUCAGCCACAGCCACCAGCACGGCUUCGGCUUGCUGAACGCCUGGAGGCUGGUGAACGCGGCCAAGAUCUGGGAGUCCGUCCCGUACCUCGCCUCCUACGUGAGCCCAGCGCUGCGGGCGGGCAGGAGCAUCCCGCUGCUCCCGCGGGAGCUGGAGGUGGCCUGGAACGUCAGCGCCGCCGACCUGCAGCUCUCCGGCAUGAAGACGCUGGAGCACGUGGCGGUCACCGUCACCAUAACCCAUCCCCGCCGCGGCAACCUGGAGAUCAGGCUCUUCUGCCCCAGUGGCAUGAUGUCCCUGAUAGGGACUGCCAGGAGCAUGGACUCGGACCCCAAUGGCUUUGCUGACUGGACCUUCUCCACGGUGCGGUGCUGGGGUGAGGAGGCGCAGGGCACGUACAGACUGGUCAUCAGGGACAUUGGAGACGAGAGUCUGAGGCCUGGGACCCUGAAGCAGUGGCAGCUGACCCUGUACGGCUCCUCCUGGUCCCCGGCGGAGAUGAGGGAGCGGCAGAGGCUGCUGGAGGAAGCCAUGAGUGGACGGUACCUGAGCAGCGACUUCUCACUGCCCUGCCCGCCAGGGCUGCAGAUCCCCGAGGAGCAGCGCUACACCAUCACAGCCAACACCCUCAAGACCCUCCUGCUGCUGGGCUGCUUUGCCGUGUUCUGGACGUUCUACUACAUGCUGGAGGUUUGUCUGAGCAGGAACAACGCGGGGCUGGACCUGAGCUGCUCCGGCUCUGCCGCCUGCAGGUGGUACCAGCAGGGAGGGAAGCACCGGGCCCUGGAGAGCGGCCUGGAGAUGGAAUCGGUGCCGCUCUACCGCGAGAAGGAUGUGGAGGACGUGGAGAUGGAGUGUGAGCACCCGCAGCCCGGCCAGCAGGACGAGGGGGAGGAGGAGGAGGGGUCCUGGACCCCCACCCACCCCGAGCUCAGCGGCAGAGCCACGAGCUUCCCCGAGGCAGCCCCGGUGGGUGCGGGGCACCGGGGCCGCGAGGCGCCGACCGAGCUGCUCUCAGAGGACGGGGAGCGCCAGCCGUGCUAGCGGGGCCGGGUCUGGCCUGCGUGCCCCUCCCGGGACAUCCUUCCCAAGCGCGGGCAGCGGGGACGUCCUGAGCCACCGCUGUGUCGUGGCCUGCGGAAGGCAGAGUGGAAGGUGGCUCAGAUCCACGGAGAAAGUGCUGGCAGCGGAUGGGGAGCUGCCCUUCCCCUCUCUCUGGAAAACGGAGUAAGCCUUAAACCCCUUCCAAAGGGAGCCCGCCCGGUAGCGGCGCUUGGGGCGUCCCUCUGUGCCGGGGCCCCACACCGGUGCUUCCGUGGUGGCCGUGGCGGAGCCACACCGGGAGUCCCCUGUGCGCCACAGCUCCCGCAGCUUCUCCGCACGGGGAAGGAGCGUCGCUGUGUCCCCAGUUUCUGCAGGGCGAGCCCAGGAACCGUGGCAGGGACCCCGCGGCGGGUGGCAGCGGGUGUGGUGGCAGCGGGAGGUCCCUGCGGCGCUUCCUGUGGCUCCCCCGUGCUGGUGGGGGCUUUGCCUUGUGCCCCGAGGGCCGAGGCUGCGGGCGAUGCCCGUUGUGAGCCGGGAAGGGGAGGCUGAGUUGCGCUGGCAGUGGCUCAUCUGCGCGCGGGGUUGGCUUGUUCACGUCUCCUUGGGUUCGCCGGUUUAUUUUUUUAAGAGCGGGGGUUUGUUUUUUAAUCAGCAAAGCCCUUUUGUGUAGCUUUCCAAAUAAAGUCUUAAAAACCCUC